AAACUUUGACGUGGCGGAAGCUUGUACACACUGUCAUGGCGGACGCCGGUGUGAAAAACGACAUACGCUCAAAUAUGUGGCGAACCGGAGCAUGGCAGAGUUUGCUUACAUUCUUCAUUUUAUCGCUAGCUUGGCUCGUUGGAUUUAGCUCUAGAUUGUUUGCAGUCAUUCGAUUUGAAAGCAUCAUUCACGAAUUUGAUCCAUGGUUCAACUACAGAUCCACCCAUUACAUGGUAGAACAUGGUUUCUACAAUUUUCUGAAUUGGUUCGACGAUACAGCAUGGUAUCCAUUAGGCAGAAUUGUUGGAGGAACGGUGUAUCCUGGUUUGAUGGUUACAUCGGGGACCAUUCACUGGAUCCUCCAUAUGCUACACAUCCCUGUGCAUAUACGAGAUAUAUGUGUGUUUCUAGCACCAAUAUUUAGUGGAAUGACAGCCAUUGCUGUGUAUUUCUUCACCAAAGAAAUCUGGAGUGCUGGGGCAGGUCUGUUUGCGGCCUGCUUCAUUGCAAUAGUCCCUGGUUACAUCAGUAGAUCUGUUGCUGGUAGCUACGACAAUGAAGGAAUUGCUAUUUUUGCACUUAUGUUUACUUAUUAUUUAUGGAUUAAAUCAGUUAAAACAGGCUCCAUGUUCUGGGCCAUAUUUACAGCUUUAUCAUAUUUUUACAUGGUGUCAGCAUGGGGUGGUUAUGUUUUCAUUAUCAACUUAAUUCCAUUACACGUGUUUGUUCUCCUGUUAAUGGGAAGAUAUUCUAAGCGUGUUUAUACAGCAUAUUCAACCUUCUUCAUCACGGGUUUAAUAUUAUCGAUGCAAAUCCCCUUUGUUGGGUUCCAGCCAAUCAAAACCAGUGAACAUAUGGCCUCAGCAGGUGUGUUUGCUUUAAUCAAUGCAUACGCUGUGAUUAAAUAUGUUCAAUCCUUCCUGACAAAGGCAGAAUUCAAGUUCUUCUUCAUCAGUGCUGUAGGGGGAGCUGCAUCAAUCAUUUUCUGCACUGUUGUUGGCCUGACUUGGGCAGGAGUUAUCCACCCCUGGAGUGGUCGUUUCUAUUCUUUAUGGGACACAGGGUACGCCAAAAUCCAUAUUCCAAUCAUCGCCUCCGUGUCCGAGCAUCAGCCCACCACCUGGGUCUCCUUCUUCUUUGACCUUCACAUCCUUGUGUGUGCUUUUCCUGCCGGCGUUUGGUACUGUGUGAAACAUGUAAAUGAUGAGAGAGUGUUUGUUAUUUUGUAUGCCAUAUUUGCCAGCUACUUUGCGGGUGUGAUGGUUCGUCUCAUGUUGACACUGACUCCAAUCGUAUGUGUUCUGGCAGCCAUUGCCUUCUCCAAGACAUUUGAAAUCUAUCUCAAAGAUGAUGCACCAAAGUCCUCUGGUAAAGAAGCCAGUGAGGAACCUGCUGAGAGCAAGAAUGACAGAUUGUAUGACAAGGUUGGCAAAACCAAGAAAACAAAAGAGGAGAAACCCAAAGACCAGGACGCCAUGGGAAUGAACAUCAAGACAAUUGUGAUCAUAGCCCUGCUGAUGAUCCUGAUGCUGUUUGCUGUACACUGUACCUGGGUCACUAGUAGUGCCUACUCCAGUCCUAGCAUAGUGCUGGCCUCCUACAAUCAUGAUGGGAGUAGGACAAUCUUGGAUGAUUUCCGAGAAGCUUACUAUUGGCUGAGACAGAAUACAGACGACAAGGCUCGUAUUAUGUCCUGGUGGGAUUAUGGGUACCAAAUUGCAGGAAUGGGGAAUAGAACAACACUGGUGGACAAUAAUACCUGGAACAACAGUCACAUAGCUUUGGUUGGCAAAGCCAUGUCUUCCAAUGAAACUGCAGCGUAUGACAUCAUGAGACAACUGGAUGUGAAUUAUGUCCUCGUCAUCUUUGGGGGCGUUAUUGGCUAUUCUGGGGACGACAUCAAUAAAUUCUUAUGGAUGGUCAGAAUAGCAGAAGGAGAACAUCCCAGAGAUAUUAAGGAAGCAGACUACUUCACCCCACAGGGGGAGUUCAGAGUGGACUCGGCGGGCUCACAGACCUUACUUAACUGUCUGAUGUACAAAUUGUCUUAUUACAGAUUCGGAGAGUUACAGCUUGAUUUUAGAAGUCCAGCAGGUUAUGACAGAACAAGGGGAGUAGAGAUCGGCAAUAAGAAUUUUAAACUGACUCAUCUGGAGGAAGCCUACACGUCUGAGCAUUGGCUUGUUCGCAUUUACAAGGUCAAGGACCUAGAAAACAGAGAAAAGGUUGCAAAACCCACAAUACCAGCCCAGAAGUGGAAGAAAAGAACAUCCAAAAAAACAUCAAGAAAGAGGACUGGCAGCAUUAAAAAUCAACCAAAAAUUGUGAAAGGCAAAAGAAAAUCUGGCAAGAAGUAAAACUUCCUUUGUCUAUUGCGAGAGUUGUCUGUCUUUGGUGUACAUUUCUAAAGGCAGUUGGGGCCAUCUUAGCAUGGGAGAAUUUUCUGGUUUUGUUUGUUAAGUGUUACAUCUGUGUCUGUGUUACUGUAAACUUGAAACUAGGUUAGUAAAGUUGAUGUCAAGCAAUUUCUUAACUUCAUUACAUGAAUGGUUCAGCAAUGUUUGAGAGAGUGUACAAGUGUAGAUGAAACUGAUGUGUUUCUUCUGAAUGAUUAAUGAUUAAAUUUCAUUGUUAUUUGUUUUCCUUUUGUAGUGAGAAAGUGUUUGUUUGUGAAUAGAAGGUGUACAUGUAGGUCUCAGUUCAAAGCUGAAGUGCUAUUUAUUUUUAAAAAGAGCUGUUCGCAAAUAUAUUCAUGAUUUAUUCUUAAUGCAUGUAUAUAUAUAUACAUAAUCAUGUCCUCAUUCCAGUUUGCUAAGAUACAUGUAUAAUAAAUUGUUUAUAUAUGCUUUAUUUGCCCCCUAUACCCACCCACCCCUUUUCUCAUUUUGCAUCUUAUUCAAGAACGCAUUAUUGGGAUAAAUUCAUACCAGUCUCUUUGUACUUAUCUCUUGCAUUUAAUAAUCAUUCUACUUGACCAAAACGUACAGAGUGAAAUGUUAGAUAUGGCACACUGUUUGACAUUGAAUGAACGUUGACAGCUGAAUGUAACGGAGUUCCUUGCAUUUAUAGACUUUCACAUACCACAUCGAGCAUGUGCUGAAGUUUUAUGCAUUUUUGUUCAAAUUUAAAAAUGCUGUGAAAUCGAGAUGUAUUGAAUGACCAUUGGAGAAUGUGAGAGAUGUCCAAGGUUUUUGUAUGGAUUGCAUGUACAUGUAGUUGUUAACUUUAUGAUAGAAUUUUUGUUUUCGUAAUUUUCUUUUUGAGUUUAAGACAUCAGGUUUCAUAUUGGAAAUCACAAAGGGCAUACUUCAGAGAUAUUUUUUUGGCAUCUUCCACAUCCAUAUCUAAUUUAUUUAAGUCCCAAUUUUCUACUUAAAUCAUAAAAAAAACUUUUCUUUACAUUUUUUGGAAGAUUUUAAUGAUACACUAUUGUAUGAAUACAUGAAUCUAGUCCUCUUCAAAAACAUUUUAGAGGAAUAAUGAUUAGAACAUAAUUAGUGUACAUGUAGUGAAUUUAUGUAGAAACCUAUUUAACGAAGAUUCAGGGCAAUCUAUUUUUGUAAAUCUUUUUGUUUGGUCAGAAAAUCAAAAAAGACAUGUUUAUCUAUAAACAGUCAUCUUGCUCAUAACACAAGCAAUUUGAUCAGCCUCUACGACAUCUUUGUAAUUAGAUUUAUUUUGUCUAGUCAAUUCAUUGCGCCAUACAGUUGAGCCAAUAUUGCUGUAAAAUGCCUUGGUGCAUUACCCUAUAAACUACUUGCCCCAUGAAAGCUGUUCAUUAUCUUUACCUACUGCAAUUAGAUAGUUCUCUCAGAUUAAAUAUUGUACUGUUCUUGGUUGAUUUUUUUCUGUUUUUGUUGUAACUUUUGGACUGGAUGAUUAAGGUUGAUUGAUUUUACUGCAGUGAUUGAAUGAGAACCCAAUGUAGGGUUGACAAACAGAGUGGGGUUCAGUGCGAUUGUCGUUAGAUGCCAUCAUUUUUCUCCUCUUUUUUUUUUUUAAAUUACUUAUACAGUAUGUGCAGAUUAAGUCAAUUGACAAUUGAUGAUGUGAUUUAUUAAAAUCUCUGAACUUU